AUGACCUCGAUCUCGUCUAGAAGCUCAGCAACAGUGACGCCGAGCAAUACAAGAACGCAUUUGCACAGUGUUGAGAGAGGUCAACAAGACCAAUCAAGCACAAGGCGCAUACCUGUAACGCCUGCAGUCCUUCGCUCUAUCUUCGCCUCUUCUCGGACGCCUCACGAGGAGAGGUCGAUUUCUAGGAUAGCAUUCUUCAGGUUUGCAGGCUUUCUGCUGAGCUGUGUGUGCAUAAGUUUCGCUGCUGCUCGAGGUCGGGGGUUGAGGAAUAGCACAGCGUUGUUGGCCUCACACUUGCGUAUGUGA